UGAAGUCUCUAUAUAUCUGAGCAAGCUGCGCGUAACUGAGAGAAGAUAGCCAUGGAAACUGUAAAACACUUUGUUUUAAUUCACGGAGCUUGCCAUGGAGCCUGGUGCUGGUACAAGGUUUUGAGUCUGCUCAAAUCAGCUGGUCAUCGUGUCACAGCUAUUGACUUGGGCGCUUCCGGGAUCAACCCCAAGCGGCUCGAUGAGAUUUCUUCAUUUUCAGAUUACGUGCAGCCUUUGAUGGAGUUCAUGGGCUCUCUUAAACAAGAAGAAAGGGUGAUUUUGGUUGGCCACAGCUAUGGUGGUCUCUGUAUAUCUCUUGCCAUGGAGAAAUUCCCUGGGAAAAUUUUAGUCGCUGUGUUUGUGUCUGCUUAUAUGCCUCAUUACAAGUCUCCCCCUGGAACUCUAAUCCAAGAGUAUUUUAGCAGGACACAAGUAGAAUCCUUAUUGGAUUGCCAGUUUACAUUCAACCAAGGCCUGGAAAAGCCCCCAACUUCAGCUCUCUUUGGCCCUGAAUACAUGAAGAACACAGCAUACAAGCACUGCUCAUCAGAGGAUUUAGAAUUGGGCAAGAGUUUGGUUAGACCAAGUGGGUUGUUCUCGGAGGACUUGUCCAAGGAGUCUUUGUUAACAAAAGAGAACUAUGGGUCAGUUGAUCGGGUUUUUAUCAUCUGUGAAGAAGAUGAAGUGGUGAAGGAGGACUUUCAACUGCAGAUGAUUCAGAAUCAUCAACCAAAAGAGGUGAAGAAGAUCAGUAGAGCUGGGCACAUGGUGAUGCUCUCUAGGCCUGCAGAAUUUUGUCAAACCUUACAAGAUAUUGCUGUCAAUUUCGAAUCCUGAAAUUACCAGAUUUAAUUUCGAAUUAUAUCAGAUUAACCUAAAUAAAUUUUGUGUCAAAAAACUCAAUUCUAACUUGA